AUGGAGGUGAAAGAAAUUUACUAUCCAGUCCUCGCAACGAUCGGUGUCCCCGCAAACCUGGUUGCGAUCGUGAUUCUCUCCCGAGGGAACUGCGGCCUCUCCAAGUGCAGCUCUGUCUACAUGGUGGGAAUGGCUUCGGCGGAUCUCCUGGUCAUGAUCUUCAAUGUCACCGUGUGUUAUAUUUUCACCACCCAGUUUCCGCUCUCAUUUCUGACGCGCAACCCUGUGUGCACCUUCCUGAUAUACAUGACUGCGGUCACUCUCGAUCUGUCUGUCUGGUUCACCAUCUCCUUCACGUUUGACAGAUGUGUCGCCAUCUGCUUUCGGAAGUUACAGACCAGGUAUUGCACCAAGACAACAGCGACGGCGGUACUAACCACGCUCGCUUGUCUCAUCUCCCUCAAGAACGUCCCGUUCUUUUUCGCCUUUAACUUGCAAGAAAGCGGCGCCGUGCAAUGGGGCUGCAAGGCGAACGUACAGUUUUUGACCUCACCCUUUGGUUCUGCCUUCUUCAAGUUUCACACCGCCUGGGUGGCGUGGCUGCCCUUCACGUUGAUCUUCCUGUUUAACGCAUUAACAGUCCGGAGGAUCUUAGCCGCCAGUCGAUCUCGCAAAGAGCUCCGGGGUCACAGGGGCGAGAAGCAAGCAGAUCCCGAGCUGGAGAACAGAAGGAAGUCCAUCAUUUUGCUCUUCGCCAUCUCGGGCAGUUUUGUCCUCCUGUGGCUGACAGCAACCGUGAGUUUCUUAGCGACUGGUCUGACCAACACCAACAGUUACCGAGUUGACCGCGUGGACCCAGCAUAUGUGGCCACGGAGGUGGGAGCCAUGCUGAAGUAUUUGAGUUCGUGUCCAAACACAUUUAUUUAUGCAGUGACCCAAAGAAAAUUCAGAGAACAGCUGACAGGUGCAGCCAAGUAUCUCUGGAACCUCAUUCUGAGGCCAUUCAGAUCAUGA